AUGGGAGACGGUAAGAUGCUUGAAGUGUGUGAAACUAGCGUUGGCAUGUCUUCUCUUGCUAUUGUCAACACAAGUCCUCAUCACCAUGUCCAAAUCAAAGCACCAAUUAUAUCUUCUUAUGAUGACCGAAUUAGGCCGUUGCUUGACACUGUUGACAAGUUGAGGAACCUGAAUGUGAUGAGUGAAGGGAUCCAGCUUCCCACCAUUGUUGUGGUUGGAGACCAGUCCUAUGGGAAGUCUAGCGUUCUCGAGUCGCUGGCCAGAAUCAGUUUGCCUCGCGGGGAAGGAAUCUGCACUAGGGUUCCUCUUGUGAUGAGGCUUCAGCAGAGCUCUAGCUUUGAACCUGAGAUCUGGCUUGAGUACGAACUGUACGGUAAGAAUAAAGUUGAUAAAACUGACGAGGAGCACAUUGCUGAAGCUAUUCGCAAAGCAACCGAUGCUAUUGCUGGAUCUGGAAAAGGGGUCUCAGACACUCCCUUGACCCUCCAUGUGAUGAAAGCUGGCGUUCCAAAUCUUACCAUGAUUGACCUCCCCGGGAUUGUCCGGAUUGCUGUUGAUGGCCAGCCGGAAAAUAUAUAUGAGCAAAUUUCUGCUAUGAUUAUGAAGUACAUUGAGCCUCAGGAAACAAUAAUCCUCAACGUUCUAUCAGCUCAAGUUGAUUUCACCACCUGUGAAUCCAUCCGUAUGUCUAGGCAAGUUGACAAAACUGGUGAACGAACUCUGGCUGUUGUGACGAAAGUCGACUUAGCUCCAGAAGGUCUCCUUCACAAAGUAACUGCAAAUGAUGUGAGUAUCGGACUCGGUUAUGUCUGUGUCAGGAACCGUAUAGGAAACGAAACCUAUGAAGAAGCUAGGUUACAAGAAGAGUUGCUUUUCAAGAAGCAUCCACUUUCCAUGAUUGACGAUGAGAUUGUUGGUAUUCCGGUUUUAGCUCAGAAGUUAACACAAAUCCAGGCGACAAUGAUCACCCGAUGUUUGCCAGAUAUCGUACAGAGAAUCAAUGAAAAAAUGGACAACAGUAUCGCCGAGUUGAACAAGCUACCAAAGGUAAUGACAUCUACAAGGGAAGCUUUGUUCACUUUCCUGCGUAUCAUUGGUUCCACCAAAGAAUCACUCAUAAAAAUUUUAGUCCAAGGCGAUUUUUCUGAAUUUUCAGAUGAUCAAUGCAUGCACUCAACCGCGCGUUUAGCGGAUAUGUUGGGCCAAUUCUCAGCCAAUCUGCAAGCACACCCCCAAAACGUGACGGAUGAGUUCUUGAUGGAUGAAAUCAAAGUACUAGAAGAGUGCAAAUCUAUCGGAUUGCCUAAUUUCAUCCCAAGAUCUGCCUUCAUAGCUAUCCUUUCACAACGUAUUGAUGCAAUUCAUACUAAGCCGGUUGAGUUCAUCAAAGAGACAUGGGACUACAUUGAAGGCGUUCUAUUAUCUGUUCUUACCAAAUACUCUGAAAACUUCCCACAGAUUCAAUCCUCACUCAAAAGAGCUGGUCGGAAUCUAAUCACCAAGAUCAAGGAACAAUCUGUGAGCAGAGUAAUCGAAAUCAUCGAGAUGGAGAAACUAACCGACUACACAUGUAACCCUGAGUAUAUGACAGUAUACACCGAGAAGAUUGCUGCGCAAGGAAGCUUCAUCACUGCUGUACAUAGCAAUAAUUCGAACAACUGCAACUUAAAUGCAUCUGGAUUCGGAAUUGUUCAGAUUUCGCAUCUAAGGAAGUAUGAUGCGCAAUUGCUUAGGCAAGCGUUUGACAUGAAGGUUAGAAUCACAUCUUACUGGAUAAUCGUCGUACGAAGGAUUGUGGAUAGCCUGGCUCUGUAUCUUCAAUUCUCUGUGAAGAAUCUUGUGAACAGUCAAUUACAGAAGGAGAUCGGGGAGGAAUUGGUGAAUUCAAGUGGCGGAGGAGAAGUUGAGAAGAUGUUGGAGGAGUCUCCGUCGAUGGCGAGUAAGAGGGAGAAGCUGAAGAACAGUAUCAAGCUUCUGAAGGAGUGUAAGGAUGCUGUGGCUGCCAUUGUUGAUCAGAACUCUGGGUUUGGAGAUCGUUGACGGUUGAUCGAUAGCUUCAUUCUCGCUUUGGUGUAGUCGGGUCGGGUCGGGUUUUAGGUUGGGCUUUUUAGGAGUUGGGCUUUUGUGUUUUCUGAGUUUUCGGAUUUUUUCGUUUAUGUUUUUAAUCAAUUUGUGUGGUAGCAACUGAUAGGUAAUUAACGCUAAGC